AUGGUUGGCAUUGGUGGUCGAGCACAUGUCAAGCGCUGCCACCAAUGCCGAAGGAGGAAAAUCAAGUGUGAUGGUGGAGUACCAGCAUGUCGUCGUUGUACAGACUCUGGCCGGGUUUGUCCAGGCUACAAACAGAAGCUGGAGUUUGUGUUUUUCGGCAGUGAGCCAACGACUAAAACUGGGAGUCGGAAAGAAUCACUGAGCAAAUCAUCAACAAAAUCUCUUCUUCCGGAGCAGAGAAUUGGCGUGGAAAGUCGUGAGUUGAUCAAAGACCGAGCUGCGUGUCUUACAAAGCCCCACAGGAACCAAACGCUGAAUCCAGUGCUUGAUCACUCCUUGAGCGCACCUCAGAACAAGUUGGCAUUCACAACAAUACUCCACGAUCGAUAUGUACCCGAUCUGUACUUCCCUGAGACUUAUGGGGCUCAGAAGUAUGGGAUUUGCUCUAGUUGGAUUGCCAUGACAUGUAGUUUGGCGUCAAGUACGAAAUAUUCAGAUAUGCUCGGGGACGCGUUGUUGGCCAUGUCUAUGGCUUUGGCAGCUGCAGAGGGGCAACCUGCUCAUAUCACAACGACAGGGCUGAAGUACUACUCACAAGCUUUGACAAGGCUUCGUCGUAGUCUCAUUCGUGGACCGCUUGAUCUUGAUGAUCAUCAGGCGGAUGUCAGUCUCGUCACGUGCUUAAGCUGUGGAAUGUAUGAGACGAUGGCUAAUCGCUCUUUAUCAUCACUGAUGCAACAUCUAGGUGGCGUUGCGGCGAUACUGAGAGGCCGAGGCGUUGGAAGGCUGCAAACACCGACAAGUCGGAGGACAUUCUACGAAUACAGAGCUAUUCAAUUACCUGUAGAUCUUGUCUUACGCCAAGCCAGUUUCCUAAGCUCACAAGAAUGGAUCAAUCCUCCAUGGAAACAGUCAGAGCCACAAAGUAUCACCCACCUACAAACCGUCAUUGACAUUGCUUUCACCAUUCCGGUUCUGAUGCAGAAGUUUGAUUUGGUACAACAACGGACGGCACAGGUUCCCGAGGAGACCUCGCAUCUUGAAAGCUUAUAUCAACUCAUGAUAAAAGCUUUGGCUGUCCAAAGAGCCUUCGAUAACUGGGAGUUGCGCCUUCGGGGUGGGGAUGAGAUCUCACAGUUGUACAUUGCUCGACUUGCAACGAGCAUUAAGCAGUCAGCAGUCGACAACCUUGAAAGCAUAUAUCCUGUCUCAUUUGCGUUUCCCACAUGGGAUGCGGCAUCUGCUGCCAUAUACUAUGACAUGAGUAGGAUAUAUUUGAACGGCCUGCUGAUUGCAAUGCAAAAUGCCAUUUAUAGUUCCAAUACCUCCUCAGACAUGGUCAAUACGCAGCACGUAACAAUAAAAUCCAUUGCAUGCGCAGACCGGAUUUGUCAGUCUAUCGACUGGUUUUUCGAGGAUAAUAAGAGGAUGAUUGGAAGGAUGGUUGUUCUCGCUCCGUUUGAAGCUGCGAAAAGCUUAUUCGCUUAA